AUGGCGCUGCUGUGCCUGGUUGUGGCCGAGCCCGUCCCUUAUGGCGGCGGACGGAAAGGCCACGGCGGGUCCGGGUCUGGCUUUGGCAGUGGAGGAGUCGGGGGUGGAGGAAGAGGAGCUGGUGGAUCAGGCUUCGGAGGUGGAGGAAGUGGCUCUAGUUCCGGUGGAUCAGGCUUCGGAAGUGGAGGAGUGGGAUCCAGCACUGGUGGAUCAGGUUUUGGAAGUGGAGGAGUGGGAUCCAUCACUUGUGGAUCAGGUUUUGGAAGUGCAGGACCAGAAUUAGGGGGUGCUGGUAGUUGCUUUAGUGGAUUUGGAUCAAACACUAGAAGUGGAGGAUUAGCAAAGGCGGCAGCGGCCACCUCAGCACAAGUUACGGCCUACCUAAUUAGUGCAUGA